UGAAACCCUAAUUCUUGUCUUCACAACAGUCUUCUUUAUCUAAAAUUUGAUCACAACCACCCCUCACCAUUACCCUAACUCGUUGUUUCAAAAAUUCAUCAAAGUCAAUCUUUCAUCCCCUUUUCAAAACCUGCCCCUCAAAAGUCACGUGUCUUGAAAGGGUGCGAAAAGGCAUUGAAAAUGGAGGGGUUAAAAUAACGAAGCGUGAACUAUCUCAUGACACCGACAGCCGACAGAAAACAUUAAUCGAGAGCAGUCGAUUAGAGUGCGGUUUGCCUCAUCUCGUCUCUUAUUACAGAUAUACUCGAGACACGUGUCACUCUCGCGUAACGUGUAUAUUAUCAACGUACGUUUGCUUUUGAUAUUCUAUCACCCUUUCGUGUCUUGUAAUUUGUUCGGACAAUUUGCGAAAUUGUUCAGGGAUAAAUAAUAGAAACAACCCCCUUUCAGUUUGGUGUUUUAUAGCUGUUGUACUUGUAGGUAUUUUUUUACAAGUGUCAGAGUUAAGACAUUUAUUGUAAAUUUUCAAAUAUUAGGAGCUAGUUUUCUAUAGUUUCAUUGGGGACUUAAGUGCUAAAAUAAAAUUUGUACCCACAUUCCCCAUAAUAAUUCCUUUUCAUAUUAAAUUAUUAAAUAACUUACCCCCAUAUGUUCCAACCCUCCAUCACACAAUACAUUUCUAUUUAAUACACAGAAACAGUAAUCAUCGCCAUAGAAUUAUCAACAACGCUGAACGUUAAAAAUUGCCUCUCACUAAAUUAUGACAAUCAAAGAAUUAAUGACAAACAAAAAAUAACACAAUAGCACUAAACAGCUUCCUGAAGAAGAAGGCCUUUAAUCGCAAGUUCGAGCCCAGGAAAGUCGCAUGAUCGAUAAAAUGGUCCACCCAUUCGAACAUUCGCAUCCCUAACGAGCAAAACGUUCCAUCGUUCUCGUCAGCGACAGAAUGGCGGCCAGUUUGGGGCGGUCUCGUCCCUGUUUUCCAGCAAUUUCAUUGGAGAAUCUAAGGGAUGCUGCGUGACGAAGACACGAUGUGCUGGCGAAGGAUGAACAACGAGGGGAUGUUUCCGGAGGCGUGGUUUACGAGAUGAGAUAAUCCUCGAUCUGCAGGGGUGCAACCUGCCCCGGCGAGCGUCGCAGAUCUUAUCAGAGACGUUGCUGAUCUCGCGGAGUGUCGUCCUUGAACAGGUUCAUCAGUGAAAGUCAUUCAAUUCGUAUUUUUUAUUACAAUAAUAAGAAAAAAUGAACGAUCCGCGUGUAACUGCAGUUUCCCUAAAAUCCCUUCGUUCGAGACGGACUUAGGAGGCAAUCCAAAUUUUAAGAAGAAAACUUUCCUCAAGAUUUUCUCGGUAAGAGAAAAUGGCGAACGGUGGACACGGUGUGGUGGUGAACGGGGUGGGUGUACCGGGUGCUGGCACCCUUUCGCGAGAAGAAAGACGUCGACGCAGGAGAGCGACGCAGAAAUAUCGAACAGCACAUGCAACGAGAGAACGAGUAAGAGUAGAAGCAUUCAACCUAGCUUUCGCGGAACUACGAAAGCUCCUGCCAACUUUACCGCCGGACAAGAAGCUGUCGAAAAUCGAGAUCCUGCGACUGGCCAUCUGUUAUAUCGCCUAUCUGAAUCAUGUCCUCGAAGCUUGAACGAGCUUUUUCUUCAAAGGGAGGAUUAUAUUUUUGCAGAACUCGAGUGUCGUGACACUUGGAUCGGACCAACUUUCAGACGGAUGAAACAUCUUUAAAACAUUGUUUCCACGAUGGUUCAAAAUGAAUUCUUUGGUGUCCAAUUUAUCGUGUAUGACAAAAAUAAUUCGAUAACUAAACCCACGAAAUGACUAUUUUAUUUCAAGAGCGAUAUUCAGAAUAUUGUAAAAU